UGAACGUCUCUCUCCUCCACAAGCUCCACGAGAAAGGAUCGGAAUCCAUCAGUACUCUCGCCGCCGGUGAAUCGCCGGCGUAAUCAGCAUACUGAAAAAUCGUUAGUCGGUCCGAGAAAGGAAUAGAUUGUUAGUUUCUGAACGAUAAGAAUGUCUCUGAGGAUUAAAUUAGUGGUGGAUAAGUUCGUGGAGGAGCUAAAGCAAGCUCUGGACGCCGACAUACAAGAUCGGAUCAUGAAGGAGAGGGAGAUGCAGAGCUACAUCGAGGAGCGCGAGCGCGAAGUCGCUGAGCGAGAAGCCGCCUGGAAAGCCGAGCUCUCUCGCCGCGAGACGGAGAUUGCUAGACAGGAAGCUAGGUUGAAGAUGGAAAGAGAGAAUCUGGAGAAGGAGAAGAGCGUUCUCAUGGGGACGGCGUCGAAUCAGGAUAAUCAAGACGGGGCUCUGGAGAUUACUGUGAGUGGUGAGAAGUAUCGCUGCCUUAGAUUCUCCAAGGCCAAGAAAUGACUUAACAAACCCGACUUCUAUGGUUUUCUGCUUAGGGUUUGUUUGAUUCAUGUGUCUUGUGGUACAUUGUACUCUCUUUUACUUAGGGCCUUUCUAGUGGAACACAAAAUGGAGAACAUUUAGGGCUCAAUGUUGGUUUGGAGAUAGUAUGUUCUUGGAAGAUGAAUUCUUUUGUGGUCUUGUUAGAUUUACUGGACCGGCAGACAAAUUUGGUCCGACAUGGUAUCUCUCUCAAGGAAAUAUAUGUCUGCCUUCCUUUAGUUUU